AUGGUCCCCGCCGAGGCAUCGGCAGAUGCCCCCGGGGCAGGUGCCGCCACGGUGUUGGCGGCUGCUGCUAGGGCGGAUGUCGCCGCCGUGUCCCCGGUGACCCCCGCAGACGUGUGCGCCACUGAAGUACCGGCGGGCGCCCCUGAGGUGGCCGCCAACGCGGUGCUGGCGGCCGCCGCUAGGGCGGAUGUCGCAGACGAGGCUCCGACGACCCCUGCGGACUUGGCCGCCGCCGAAGUACCGACGGGCGCCCCUGAGGCGGCUGCCGCCACGGGGCUGGCGGCCGCUGCCUGGGCGGAUGAUGCCGCCGCGGCCGCCGAGGAGAUAGCCGCAGCCGUUGCAUUCAACACCGGCAUGGAGGGAAAAGAGAAAGGAGAGGUGGGUGGUUGA